AUGAAGACUCGUCGGCCUGGUAAAAGCGAAACAGCCCUCCUGCGGGAAGAGAUUGUAAAACAGUACGCGAUUGAAGAUCUGAAGAAGAUAAACCGCGAGCUAAGGCAACGUGUCAUACAACUGCUUGAUAAGAAGCAACUGGUGGAAAGUCAAGUGGAUAGUUUCACCUGUAAAAAUGAUCAUCUGUGUAAAGAACUAGCUGUAAUUGGCAAAUUAUCUGAGCAGCUGGAAAAUGAAUUGCUGUUGAAUACUGCUGAUAAGGAGCUUGAGGAAGCAAAGAUUCAAAUUCGAUACCAGCAGAACAAGAUAAAAAAGCUGGAACACCUGGUCAACACACUAAAAUCUGCUAAUUUACAAACAGAAGCUGAAAUAAAGCAAGGAAAGUCACCUUCAAGGCUUGAUACCUUUAUUAAGACAUUGGAAGAGGACAGAGACUACUAUAAAUGUGAGACUGAGAAUUUGCUGAAAGUAUUUAGAAAUGCAUUUUCAAGUCCUAAGCGAACCUCUACUUGUGGCAGCAUGUCAAAAAAAAUUUCUUCCAUCCAGGCACAGGAAGAGAUUUCCCGACUUCGUCAGGAGUUUAUCAAAUGCCCCAAGACUCCUAAAAGUACUGUGACAGCUCAAGCUUUGUUAAGACAUGUGGAGACAGAAAGGGAUACAGCACUGUCAGAUUUCCGAAGGAUAACUACAGAACGUGAUAGCCUCAGGGAGCAGUUAAAGAUUUCCCAAGAGACUGCAUUUAAUGAAAAGGCUCAUUUGGAACAGAGAAUUGAAGAGCUAGAAACUACUAUUCAAAAUUUAGAUAGUGAACGGUUAGAACAGAUGUCCAAAGUGGCGCUAAUGGAAGACACCAUUGAUUCUCUGGAAACUGAGAUGAAAAGAUUGGCAAGAAGAGCACUGGACUCUGAAACUGAGCUGAGCCGACAGGAGGCUGAAUAUGUUUCACUUAGUGUAUUGAAUGAAAAGACAGAACAGAGUCUUGCAGAGACUCAGCGAAGCCUUGUUAAGAAAAAGUAUGAAAUGCAGCUCACCCAGGAGAAAAUUAUGCUUCUGGAUGAAAAAAUUGAUAACUUUUCAAGACAAAGUCUUGUACAACAAGAGGAGAUCUGUGCUUUGAAAGAAACCAUUGUGCAACUUGAUAAAGAGAAGGCAUCUUUGCAAGACUGUGUGGAAGAAGGCAGAGAGAAGAUCACUACUUUUGAGGAAAGCCUGGCAAUUAAAGAGAAAAUAAUUUCAGAAUUCAAGAUUCUGAUUUCUGAGUUGGAGCAUUCCACAAAAAAAUCUGCUGAAGCACUCUGUAUCUGUGAGAAAGAUAUCACCAGUUUGCAUCAACAGCUACAAGAAACCAAGAAAGAACUUGCAGAGACUAACAAGAAGAGAGAAUCAUUAGCUCAGGAGAAUGACAGGUUACAACAGCAUCUUUCUAAUAUUAAGCAAGAAAAUCAGGUACUAUGUAAAAAACGAGCAAAGUACCAGAAUGAGCUUGAUGAUAUGAAGUUGAAAGUCGAGGAUUCAAACACAGAUAUCGUCAGGCUGAAGGGUGUACUGAAGUCUAAAGAGAGAGAGAACUGCGAGCUUUUGGAGAAUUACCGCAAAGCCCGUGAACAAGGAGAAAGUUGGGAAGCAAAAUACCAUCAAGCAGAAGCAGAUUGUAGCUCUGUUAGACGGGCACUGAUUAGUGUGGAGUCUGAGAACUGCAGGUUGAAAGAGAAAAUGGAGUCCCUUGAAAUGGAGAUAGAGCAACAUUUAACAACAGCAUACAAGUCUCAGAUUUCUGCCUUAAGCAAAUCUCUUGUGAAAAUGGAAGGAGAGCUUCAAAACAUACAUGAGGAGAGAGUCUAUGCUUGCAAAUCUCACAUCUACACAAGCAUUAAACUAGAUGCUGUCAAAGAGCAAUUAAAUCAGCAGGUAACUUACACAGCAGAGAAAGUAGAAAGGCUGCAGAGCAAGUGUGAGUCAUCCCACUCUGAAACAGAGCUGCUGAGAAAACAACUGGGAAAUGAAAGAGCAUCUGUGAAAAACCUGGCAUCUUUGCUUGUGUCCAAUCGUGAGAGAGAAUUUCAGUCACAGAUAGCAAAGCAAGAAAAAGACUCUGAAAUUCAGCUUCUCAAGGAACAGCUUUCUUUAGCAGAAAAUAAACUUGCUGUGCAGAGUCAAGAUUUUACUCAGCUCAGAAACAGAGCAGCUCAGCUAGAGUCGGAACUGGAUAUCACCAAAAGACAGCUGGGGACUGAACGCUUUGAGAGGGAAUGUGCUGUACAGGAGCUUCGACGCCAGAAUCGUACAAUCUCGUAUCCAUUAAGCUCUACAUUAAGAACAUCAUCGCCUGAACAUUCCCAUCAUCAGUCUCCUGAUUUGUCUCUGGACUGGUCCCUGGAAGGGAAUUCUUGUUUCAAGGACUUAUGAUGUUAUAUUCACAAUGGCUUGUGAAGACUCUGCACGCCAUCUGGAGAGUUAGAGU